UGGCCUGAAACAGGGAGACGGUACCUGGUUCUCGACCGGCCUCCACCUUUCCUCCCAUUGAUCUUCAUUACCUGAACAGACUGGAGUGAGCAAAGAAGGAGCUGCUCACACCGCCCAUUAAAGACGAGAGGAUAAACUGUGUGUGUACACACGCGCCACGCAAAUGGGAACACCGAGUCAUUUCAUGCCAAAGUCGAGCGAGUUCGAGAGGAAAUGUGAGGGGAAAGGUGGAAGUGAAUAAAAGGCAGCUUAUCGAAUAACCAACACUGUCAGGUUUUCUCAUGCCAACCCCGGACACAUUGGAAUUGCCUAUGGGUGCCUGAGUGAGACGCUCCACCCAUCCUCGACUGGUCCGACACCUAAACCAUCCAGGUGCAACUGAGUCAUUUUCUGUCAACACAGCAGGAGCUGACACACGAUACGUCCUCAGCAGCCAGACAGGAUUUCUGUGUUAUACCUUCCGCUCCGUGUCUUUGGUUGAAAUCAUCAGGACUUUUAUACAAGAAGCCUCCUGACGUUUUCCAGCGCCUCUCCUGACCCUCUUCCGUCCAAACACGUACCUAUAAGUGGGUAAUCAUGAACUGGGGCAAUCUAGAGGCGCUCCUGAGUGGAGUUAACAAUUACUCCACGGCGUUUGGCCGCGUCUGGCUUUCUAUGGUGUUCGUCUUCCGGAUCCUGGUGUUUGUGGUAGCAGUUCAGCGGGUGUGGAGCGACGAAACCAAAGACUUCGACUGCAACACUAAGCAGCCAGGCUGCACCAACGUCUGCUAUGACCAUGUCUUCCCCAUCUCCCACAUCCGCCUGUGGGCCCUGCAGCUCAUCUUCGUCACCUGCCCAUCGCUCAUGGUCGUCGGUCACGUCAAGUACAGGGAGAAGAAGGACAUGGCGUACACUACCUCCCACAAUGGGAAGCACUUGUAUGCCCACCCUGGAAAGAAACGUGGAGGCCUGUGGUGGACUUACCUGGUGAGUUUGAUCUUCAAGGCGGGCUUCGAUGCUGGCUUCCUCUAUAUCCUGCAUUUCAUCUACAACGGUUACGACAUGCCCCGCCUGAUCAAGUGCGAGCUGCCACCUUGUCCCAACCAAGUGGACUGCUACAUAUCCCGGCCCACGGAGAAAAAGAUCUUCACGCUCUUCAUGGUGGUCACCUCUGCUGUCUGCAUCUUAAUGUGCAUCAGCGAAAUGGUUUACCUCAUCUUCAAACGUAUCAAAAAGAUGAUCAGAAAGAAGAAGGAGUACAACAUGCAGAGGUUCAUGGAAAGUCACGAAAUGGCCCCUCUCUCACAUCCAAGGUCGUUCAGAUCCAAAUCCUCAGUAAGAGUGGAUCCUACGGUAUCUAUUCAGAAUCUCAACAACAUCAGGACUGAAGAAAAGCCUCGUAAGCGAGAGGAGGAAAGAUAGAAAUACACUGUCCAAAGUGUUUUUGUCAAACUUCAUGGAGAGAGGGAGUUCUCCACGAGAGAAAACGGCAGUUGCUUUAAGCAAUCCUUUAAUGUGGAUUAGUAAACAAUUUGGAUGAUAUUCUGAAGAACACGAUGUGCACCUCAUCUCUCUUAACACACAGGUCUGCAGUGUGAAAGGAUUGUGUGUUUGACUAGUCUUAUUUGACUGAUUGUUGUGGUUGUAAUUGUGUUUUGGUUGUGCUGUAAUAUUUGUAAAUAAAUAAAUGAAUGUGGCCACUGAUGAGGAUGUAAGCAUUGACCACGAAUAACUAUUAAUAAUAUUGAACAAUGCUUAGCAUUUUCUAGUACAACUGAAUGACUCGGUUGAAUUUCUCUCAGUUAAAUAGUCUUAUUAUCACAACCUUUCCUUACAACUGCUUCACAAUAAAAGUUUAUAUUUUU